UUAUUGUGAGCAAUCGUUUUCCUAAAAAGCAUAAAGAAAGAAAAAAUCGAAUUCUAAACAAAGUGCGUCUUCAAGCACCUUGCAAGGUUGUUCAGAUUGUAAGCUAUCUAUUAAAACAAUAUAAAAUCAAAUAAUUCCUUACACCAACAAAGAAGAAAGAAUGGCCAAACUUAUCUGUGAACAAAGCAUGCAAGGCCAUAAGGGACGUGUUUGGUGCGUUGCAUGGCAUCCCAAAGGCAAUGCUUUUGCUUCUUGCGGUGAAGAUAAAACAAUACGUGUGUGGUCUCUAUCAGGCUCUAAUUGGACCACGAAAACUAUACUCUCAGAUGGCCACAAAAGGACUAUACGGGAAGUCAGUUGGUCUAAAUGUGGUGAAUAUUUAGCUUCGGCUAGUUUUGAUGCAACUACGGCUAUAUGGUCAAAAACGUCAGGAGAAUUUGAAUGUAACGCAACGCUAGAAGGCCAUGAGAAUGAAGUGAAAAGCGUUAGCUGGUCUAAUUGCGGAAAACUUUUGGCCACUUGUUCCAGAGAUAAGUCGGUGUGGAUUUGGGAAGUUACUGGCGAUGAUGAAUUUGAAUGUGCCGCUGUUUUAAAUGCUCACUCUCAAGAUGUAAAACGUGUUGUUUGGCAUCCACAUAAAGAGAUUUUGGCUUCCUGCUCCUAUGAUAAUACCAUUAAGGUGUUUGCCGAAAACACUUUGGACAACGAUUGGGAUUGUACCGCCACUUUGGAGAGCCAUUCAAGCACUGUUUGGGCUAUUGAUUUUGAUGCUGAAGGUGCACGCUUGGUUUCCGUAAGUGAUGAUCGUUCAAUGAAAAUAUGGCUUUCCUAUCCACCGGGCAACCAAGAAGGUAUUGCCACGCCCAAUAACGAAGCAGUAUGGAAGUGUGUUUGCACCGUAGCAGGUGAGCAUUCACGUACUAUUUACGAUGUCUCUUGGUGCAAGAAAACUGGUCUAAUUGCUACGGCUUGUGGGGACGAUUCGAUACGUAUAUUCAAAGAAGACAUUGAAAUGUCUUCAAAAAAUGAACCAGUAUUUUUUGUAGCUACCGCACAAGACAAAGCUCACCUACAAGACGUUAACAAGGUGUGCUGGAAUCCAUCGGUUGCCCAUCAGUUGCUAUCGUGCAGUGAUGACGGCACCAUAAAAAUAUGGAAAUAUGUUGAAUAAAAACAGCCAAAGAAUUUCCUUUUUUUGAAUUGAUUCCAAUUUAAUAAAUAAAAU